AUGGUCAAAAAUGAAAGAAAAAAGCGCCGUACAGAACAAAGUGUUCAACCUCUAGGCACUGUACGACACUUGGAUGGCGAUGCCGAGAAGGACGACGAAGAACGAAGACUUGAAAGUCUCCUCUUCGGCACGGAUUUCAAACCCAUAGGAAAAGGCAAAGGGCGUGAAGGAAAUGUUAUUUUAGUCUCUGAUGAAGAGGAAGAUAAUGAAGGCCUUCAAGAUGGGACAGGAAACGCUUUGGAACACCUUCAGGAUGCGGACCUUUUCUUUAUAGAUGAUGUACAUCCAGAUGCUCAGGAUGGAGUACCAGACUUUGGCAUGGACGAGGACGAUAUUAAUUCGCAUUCAAGCAACUCAGAAAAAGAAAACGAAGAACCCCAAGCCAAUGAAGAUACUGCAUCUCCACCAAAGUCCCAACUUUUCUCCCAACUCACACAAUCAUCCAAGAAGAAGGCUGCGUGGAUGGAUCCGGACGAUGCAACUCUGAGCGUCUCACUCGCGACAACAAAACGUCUCCGAAAACUCCGCGAUGCGCCGUCCGAUGAUAUUGUCGGUGGAACACAAUACGAAGCACGUCUCCGGCGCGAGUUCGAACGCAUUAACCCUGCACCUGAGUGGGCCGCGAAGGCUCGGAAGAGGGUACGCGAAGAACAUAGGACAAAACGGAGACGGGGGAGUGCGAGUGAUGUUGAAAUUGAGGAUCUGUUAACUCGGACAGACGGUGUUCUGUCGACGGAGCGUGAGACGAGGUUAGAGAAGGGGAUGAUUGGUGUAGAGAGAUUGCGAGAUGUAAACCAAAGUGCGAAGGCAGAGGGCGAAAUCAAAGCGCUUUCAUUCCAUCCGUUUCCGCGAGUUCCGGUGCUCAUGACGGCGAGCACGGAUAGACGGGUCCGACUUUUCACUGUUGACGGACAUACAAACCCUCACCUCCAAACAGUCCACAUCCCUGAACUACCGAUCACUCAUGCGGAGUUCCACCCCGCCGGCUCCUCCAUCCUCCUCACCGGUCCGCGACCAUUCUACUACACAAUUGACCUUCAGUCAGGCGCAAUAGCACGAUCUCCACGUGGACUCUGGGGUUCCAAUCCCGCACACGGGUCUGCAAAAGCAGUGGACUUGGGUAUGGAACGCGUCGCAUUCGAUCCAUCGGGUCAGAUCCUUGCAGUUGCCGGGCGGCGCGGCUACAUCCAUCUGGUAGACUGGCGUGCGGGUGGCGCACAGGUCAUAGGUAACGUCAAGAUGAACUCUGGCGUCCAGGCAUUAUGGUGGAAUCGCCAUCCAGGGCAUAAUAGUAUUAGCGGACAUCCGGAGCUACUAACACUCGGUGCCGAUGCGGAGGUGUAUGUAUGGGACAUUGGCGAGAGAAGAUGCGUAAGGCGAUGGAAGGAGGAAGGUGGGUAUGGUACGACAGUCAUGAGCGGAGAUACCAGCGGCCGUUAUCUGAGCAUCGGGUAA